AUGAUGAUGUCCCUGAAGUACUUACUUGGAAGCCUGAGCAUGAUCAGCAGCAUAUUCAUGGCCGUAGAAACCAUAAACCAAACAUCUCCGGUGUUUGAUACUUCUGGAAAGGCACUAAAAUCCGGCAUAGAUUACUACAUCAAACCCGCCGGCACCGACAAAGGUGGUCGUUUAACUCUAAUAAACCGGGAGCCAAAAUUAAGUCCACUCUACGUUGGCCAAGGAAAUAUCUCUGGCUUGCCUUUUCACUUCAAGCCAUUCUUCACCGGAGAAACAGUGGUGAGGGAGAGUAGGGAUCAAAUGAUCAUAUCCAGUGUUUCUACACAUUGCAGGCGGUUUAGUUCAUGGUCAAUUGUUACAGCUAACGCAGAGGACCAAAGGAAGUUGAUUGUUAUGCGUGAACCAGCAAGAGGAAAAGUGCCAGAUAGUAUAUACUUCAGGAUUACUAGAUCACAGCCGGAGGUGGAUGGUAAUAGCUACAUUUUGAGAUGGUGUCCGACCGAUGUGUGUCCUAAUUGUACAUUUGCUGAUUGUGGAAAUAUUGGUUCCUUAGUCGCGAGUAGAGGGAAGAGGUUCUUGGCUUUGAAUGGUUCUGAACUUCCAGUUGUGUUUGAGAGGGCUCGAGGAUGA